UGAGAUUUUAUAAACUGCGCAUAAAAAACUAUAAAUUUUGAUUUCAGUUUCGUGUAAAGUAUAUACUGGACCAACAUGAACCACAGUUAAGUUUGCCCAGAGCCUUUGACCACGAUCUCAAAUUCGUCAACAUGUGUUGUGUAAUGAUCAAGAGGAAACGUUAGGUAAUUACAGUUUUAUCACCAUGUCUGAAAGCAUGAAGAGGUCACAUGAUGGUGAUAGUGAUGAUUCUUCAGAUGGAUGGAUUGGACCUAUGCCUUCAGAAGCAGAAAAACCAAAGAAGCGUAAAUACUUGAAACAUGAACAGCUAUAUUUGGAUAAUUUACCAAGUGCAGAAUCGUAUGAGAGAAGUUACAUGCACCGAGAUGUAAUCACACAUAUUGUUGUUACUAAAACUGACUUCAUAAUCACAGGUAGUUGUGAUGGUCACAUAAAAUUCUGGAAGAAGCUACAGGAGCUGAUAGAAUUUGUGAAACACUUCCGUAGCCAUCUUGGACCAAUACAAGAUCUUGCAGCCAACUCAGGUGGAUCAUUACUUUGCUCAGUCUCCAGUGACAAAUCACUUAAAAUAUUUGAUAUCAUCAAUUUUGAUAUGAUAAAUAUGAUGAAACUGGAGUAUGUACCAGUUUGCUGUGAAUGGAUCCAUUGUCCAGGAGAUGCAAUUGCAGCCUUAGCAGUAUCUGAUGCAGAUACAAACAAGGUGUAUGUAUAUGAUGGACAUGGAACAAAUACCCACCUGCAUAUCUUUGAGAAACUUCAUACAAAACCAGUGGUUAUUAUUAAGUACAAUCCUGUGUUUGAGGUGGCGCUGUCUGUUGAUCGGGCUGGUAUACUGGAAUAUUGGACAGGACCAAAAACUGAAUAUAAGUUUCCCAGAUGUGUGUUGUUUGAGUCAAAACUUGACACUGAUCUGUUUGAGUUUGCCAAAAGUAAAACAUUUCCUACUGGGCUAAGUUUCUCACCAAAUGGAACAAAAUUUGCAACGCUCUCAGGUGAUAGAAAGGUUAGGGUGUUCAAUUUUCAGACUGGAAAAUUAAGUAGAGUGUUUGAUGAAUCUCUGCAGAGAUUUUCUGAGCUUCAGCAAGUCACAUUACAGUUGCCUAAUAUGGAAUUUGGAAGGAGGAUGGCUGCAGAGCGUGACCUUGAAAAAUCUGAGGCCGUUAAUCUUGGAAAUAUAAUCUUUGAUGAGAGUGGUUAUUUUGUGUUGUAUACCACCAUGUUGGGUAUAAAAGUGGUUAACUUAUAUACCAACAGAUGUGUGAAAAUUAUUGGAAAACCUGAAAACUUGAGGCCUCUGAAAUUGGCUUUAUAUCAGGGGCGUGCAAGGAAGUCUAAGGCAGCAGUUACAGUGGAAAUGGAAGCUUCAGAAAAUCCGACUUUAGAUUCUGUACACUCAGAUCCCACACUUUUCUGCACUGCAUUCAAGAAGAACAGGUUCUAUAUGUUUACAAGACGAGAACCUGAGGAUACCAAGAGCCAUGAUGCAGAACGAGAUAUCUUCAAUGAGAAACCAUCAAAGGAAGACAUAAUUUCUGCAACAGAAGCUUCAGGUGUUCAGCGUUUAUAUGACAGUGCAAUUAUCCAUACAGCACUGGGUGACAUUCAUCUGAAGUUGUUUGCAAAAGAGUGUCCUAGGACUGUCGAGAACUUCUGUGUGCAUAGUAAAAAUGGUUACUACAAUGGUCAUAUAUUCCAUCGAGUCAUCAAAGGAUUUAUGGUUCAAACUGGAGACCCUACAGGGACAGGCACUGGAGGAGAGAGCAUCUGGGGUGGAGAAUUUGAAGAUGAAUUCCACUCAAACCUUAGACAUGAUCGACCAUACACUGUAAGCAUGGCAAAUGCAGGUGUCAAUACAAAUGGUAGCCAGUUUUUCAUCACCCUUAUACCAACACCAUGGUUGGACAACAAGCAUACAGUAUUUGGACGAGUUGUAAAGGGAAUGGAAGUAGUGCAGAAUAUUAGUACAACAAAAACAAAUCCAAAGACAGAUAAACCAUAUGAUGACAUUCAGAUUGUUAGCAUAAGCUUAAAGUAAAUGUUAAUAGAAAUAAAACAUGAAGUUUAGAAUUAAUUCCAUCAAAAUAUUUAGCAGAAUAUACUCAUAUUAUCCAUAUCUGAAAUGGAGAUCUAAAACAGUGCCAAACUGCAAGAGUAAUUGAAUGGCAUUAAUAUUUACCCAUCUCACAAGUUAGUAUUAAAAUGUACUGACAUGAGUUGACGCCCAAUGUAAAGCAUUUUAUACCACAUUUUACAAAAUCCAAUAAGUGAAUGUAAUUCUGAUGUCUGUAAUUGAAUUAGGGGUCAAGCAGAUGGACAGGCAUGGUUUCUUUGAAAAUGAUAGAGUCAAUAAAUGAAAGUAAUUUAAGAAUUAAAAUUGAUCUUUUGUCAUCACAUCCUUUUUAUUCCCCAUCUAGUGAUCGCAGUGUGAAUAUGUUCCCUGAAAUAGAGUUAAUUUUAUAUUAAUUUGUGUGUAAACAAUGUGCUUAUAAUUUAAAAAAUCAUAUUGAUAUUAUUUUGUUGAAGCCAGGUUUCAAGUAGGUAAUUUCCAAUGUAACGGAAAGUCUUAAGAGGUAAGUGAGAACUGUAGUGAUAAGAUAUUGCCAUUAUAAAACAAUUAUUGAUAAAUUUCAGAGUAACAGGUAUACUCUCUACAGUAACAAUGUUCUGGUUAAUGUAAAAGGAUGUUGACCAGAUGCAAAUAAAGUGACUAGGUUUGUGAUAAA